AUGAUUCUUUCGAAUCCGGAGCCCCACAUCGCUCAGCUGCUUGACCAUGCCGCGGCUACAGAUGCUGGCAUCUUUGCCUACGCUCAGGAAAGGACUGAAGAGCCUUCGUACUUGAGCUACAGCCAGUUGCGCCUGUUAGCAGCACAGAAGGCGGACCUUUUGCGCAACGAUGGAUCUCAAAGCUCGGCAAAGAUCGUUCUCAUCCAUUUUGCAACUCAAUUCGAGAACAUCGUUUGGUUCUGGGCCUCCAUCCUUGCUGGCAGAGUGCCAUGUCUGUCGCAAGCCCUCGGACAUAGCCCUGAGGAUCGGGCUGCUCAUUUCGAGCACCUCCACCGUCUGCUGCUUGAUCCCCUCGUGAUCACCAGCCAGACGCUCCUGAAUCGUGACUUUGCCGCUAGUUCAGUACUCCGCACAGUUGCUGUCGAACAACUCGAAGCCGGCAUGUACGUACCUGGUAGUCACUCUAUCGAGCCACUUCCUUCAACAGAAGGAAUAGAUUUGAUGAUGUUGACAUCCGGAAGUACUGGCCGGGCCAAAGCUGUUUCCCUCAGCCACCGACAGAUAUUCGCGGCUGUGCAAGGGAAAUUGGCCAUCAUGCCUCUGCCCAAAAGCUCGGCGCUGCUGAAUUGGAUCGCCCUCGAUCAUGUGGCUGGUCUAGUUGAAAUUCACCUCUGUGCUCUCAGAGCCGGUCUUGAUCAGGUCCAUGUCCCCGCCACGGAGGUACUUACUGAUCCGCUGCUGUUCCUGCGCUUGAUAGCCAAGCAUGGCGUCUCGCGCACAUUCGCUCCGAAUUUCUUCCUUCAGAAGCUCUCCACUGCUUUGGACGCGGUAGCUGCUUCUAUGAUUGAUGUGGUCGAUCUCAGUCAGCUUCGGUACAUUGCAUCGGGCGGCGAACCUAACCUCGUCGAUGUCUGCGUUCGAUUGACCAAGCAACUCACCCAGCUGGGCACUGGCACGAGCCCGAUUGUUCCGGGAUUUGGCAUGACUGAGACAUGUGCUGGGGCAAUUUUCAAUUUUUCAUGUCCCCAAAUUGACAUUAGCGCUGGAACUGAGUUCGCAUCUCUUGGGGCCUGCAUGCCUGGGAUCGAAAUGCGCAUCAGUUCCGUGACUGGCAAUGAUGUGAAUGUGAACAAGCAGGCUUCUGGCUGGCUUGAGGUUCGUGGGGAGGUUAUCUUCGAAGGGUAUUUCAACGAUGAGACUGCUACUCGGACAGCAUUCACUGCUGACGGCUGGUUUCGUACGGGCGACAUAGCCUCGCUUGACUGCCACGGUCGUCUCUAUCUUACUGGUCGCUCAAAUGAUGUGAUCAACAUCAACGGUAUCAAGCAUGACCCUUGUACGGUGGAGGCAGCCCUAAACCAAGCGGCGAUCCCCGGGAUAGUCGCCUUCUCUGUCGCUUGCUUUACGUACCGCCCAUCUAACGCCGACUCUGGAGGAGUAAUGGUGAUCUACGAGCACACGUAUCCCACAGAUGAUAUUGAGGCUCGUCUGAGUACCUUGACAUCUAUUUCGCAUAUCGUAUCACCGAUAGUGGGAUCGCGACCGCACGUACUCCCAUUGGCGCCUGGCCAGCUUGUCAAGACGACCUUGGGCAAGCUGUCGCGUACCAAAAUUCGCCGGGCACUCGAACAAGGCCAAUACCACACCCAACAAGAGACCAACAAUGAACUUAUCCGAUCCUACCAGAGUAUCAACGCUAGUCCGCCCCAGAAUGAGGCGGAGGAGGCACUAAUGGGAUUACUUCACGAGCUCUUCUUUGACCUGCCGGAAAUAACUGCUGAUCACGCCAUCCUCAACAUGGGUAUCAGCUCCGUCGAUCUGAUCAGGCUCAAGCGUGCGAUUGAACGCCGCUUUCAGAUAGCAGAAGUCCCCAUGGUCAUGCUGCUGACCAGCAACACAAUACAGUCACUAUCGUCCGCAAUUCGAGCUUUGCGCCACAACUCCUGCAAAGCCUCCUGCGAGACAUAUCAGCCUAUAGUCACUUUGCAGCCGCAAGGGUCAAAAGUGCCGCUCUGGCUAUUUCACCCGGGCAUAGGCGAGAUUUUAGUCUUCCUCGGGUUGGUCCAGUACUUCCCCGACCGGCCGAUCUAUGCAAUGCGAGCACGGGGAUUCAGCCCGGACGAGGAGCCAUUCGCGCACUUAUCCGACGUAUUGAGCACCUACUAUCGGGCGUUGAAGGCGCAGCAGCCCGAUGGACCCUACGCUCUUGCAGGCUACUCCUACGACAGCAUGAUCGCGUUUGAAUUGAGCAAACUGCUCGAAGCAAACGGGGACCAGGUCCGGUUUCUGGGGUGCUUCAACCUGCCACCCCACAUCCAAGACCGGAUGCGGACCCUAGAUUGGACGGCCGGGGUGCUGCAUAUCGCCCACUUCUGUGGCGUCUUGACCGAGCAGCAGUCUGAGGCUAUGGCGGAUGAUCUGCGCGCGCUGACCCCAGCCGAACAGGUCUCUCGGGUGCUCGCGGAAGGAUGCACUCAACGAUGCGAGGAGCUAGCUCUAACCCAGGAGUCGCUACUCACCUGGACAAAUGUAGCAUGGUCACUGCAGAAGAUUGGCUGGGAGUACUCUCCGACCGGCAGCGUGACAAGUAUGGAUGUGUUCUACUGCCAGCCGCUGAAGGUGGUAGCGCGGACACGCGAGGAGUAUCGCAACACGAAGCUCAAUCAUUGGGUCAAUUUUGUGAGAGAGGAUGUUCGCUACCACGAGGUCGACGGUGAGCAUUACACGAUGAUAGGGCCAGAGCACGUAGCGCGCUUCCAACUCACGUUGAAAAAGGCAUUGGUUGCGCGGGGUUUGUAG